UCAGCCAAGAGAGCCACAGACAGGAAACUACAACGAGGACGGCAUUGGAACUUGCAUCAUGUUGGGCAGGAGCAAGAAACCUACUGCCGUGCACCAUGAACCCAAGGCAGUGGAAUCCCAACCCAAGUCGCAGGACCGAUUUAGGUAGCUGGGUAAGAGAAUAGUGACUCAUUGGUAAAAAAAAUAGACCCCACCUAUGAAAUAGAUCAGUGAGAUUGUUAAACUUUCUUUUGGCCAUGACCACAAUGCCCCUGAUAGGCUGCAAUGAUAAAAUAAAGGCUAUAGCCAGGCAGACUAUAUGGACAUGUGACUGUGGGUACAAGUGGUUUGUGUCAGUGGGUAUAGUUUAAUAGUUUCUGCGCCCUUAGCUGGACUCAGAUUACGCACUGCUAUUAAAUCAUGCUGGGAGGGACUUCACAUGGAAAGGGAAUGAAUUAAUGUAGCGCGCUAUCCUGGUGACGCAACGGAGAAACACAACUCAAGAUUUGCGGAAGAGUUCAAAAACGGCACCUGCACUGGGAAUUUGCGCUCCCCCAAUACAUACUUCUGACUUUUUAAUAUCAGUCAAGAGAGCCACAGGCAGGAAAGUACAACGAGGACGGCAUUGGAACUUGCAUCAUGUUGGGCAGGAGCAAGAAACCUCCUACUGCCGUGCACCAUGAACCCAAGGCAAUGGAAUCCCAACCCAAGGCGCAGGACCCACUUAGGAAACUGGGGGUGCUGGAUGAUGAGGAUGUCCGUGCGAUGAUGCACGGUUCCAACAUGGUGAAGGUACGCUCCCAGAAGUGGCAGAAGAGCCGCAGACUGCGUCUGCUGGAGGACGGGGUCACCGUGUGGUGUGAGUCCACCAAGAGCUCCCGCAAGGCCAAGGCACAACAGACCUUCUCGGUCACAGAGGUGGAGUGUGUGCGUGAGGGCUGCCAGUCUGAGGCUCUGCGGAGACUAUCCGGGUCGGUACCAGAGAAUCAGUGCUUCACGGUGGUGUUCAGAGGAGCCAGGAAGAGUUUGGACCUCCUCUGCCCCUGUGAGGAGGAGGCGAGGCACUGGGUCCGAGGGAUACGCACGCUGAAGGAGCGUGUGGCCAACAUGACCCAGAAGGAGAAACUGGACCACUGGAUCCGUGGCUACCUGAGACGGGCUGAUGAGAACGACGAUGGGAAGAUGAGUUACGACGAGGUCAAACGCUUGCUGCAGAUGAUCAACAUAGACCUGAAUGAACAGUACGCGCGCUCGCUAUUCAAGAAAGCUGACCGGUCGUGCGACGGCCGUCUGGACCACGUAGAGAUCGAGGAGUUCUGCAGGGAGCUGAUGAGGCGUCCGGAGCUGGACGCGGUGUUCAGACACUACUCUGGUAACGGCUGUGUUCUGUCCACCGCUGAGCUGAGAGACUUCCUGGGAGACCAGGGGGAGGACGCGUCACUGAUCCACGCUCAGAGCCUCAUCCGCACCUACGAGCUCAACGACUGGGCCCAGAACAACCAGUUCAUGACCCAGAAUGGUUUCACCAUGUACAUGCUGUCCCAGGAGAACGAUGUGUUUAACCCCGACCACGCCAGGGUGCACCAGGACAUGACCAGACCUCUGGCCCACUACUUCAUCUCAUCCUCACACAACACCUACCUCACCAAGGACCAGGUCACCAGCGCCAGCAGCGCUGAGCCAUACAUCAGAGCUCUGAACCAGGGCUGUCGCUGUGUGGAGCUGGAUUGUUGGGACGGGGACAAAGGAGAGCCUGUCAUCUACCAUGGACACACCCUUACUUCUAAGGUGCCCUUCAAAGAGGUAAUCGAGACCAUCGCCCAGUAUGCCUUCAAGGCCUCCCCGUACCCCCUGAUCCUGUCCCUUGAGAACCACUGUACGGUGGAGCAGCAGACGGUCAUGGCCAGACACCUGCGCACCAUCCUGGGCAAGAGGCUGCUCACCAAGCCCCUCAACGACCAGACUCUGAAGGACCUGCCCUCUCCUGAGGAGCUUAGGGGUCGUAUCCUGGUGAAGGGGAAGAAGGAUGUUCAUCACCUGAACCAGCUGGGGAAGACCAGCAGCUUUGAUACCAGCUCGGACGACGAGGCAUCAAGCAACAACAAAAAGGACAAAAAGGACCCUGCCAAGGCGGUCUCAUCUAAGCUGAGCCCAGAGCUGUCUGAACUGGUGGUGUACUGUCGAAGUGUCCCCUUCCGCGGGUUCCAACACUCUGCCCAGAAACCACCCGAUGAGAUGUCAUCCUUCAAUGAGAAUGACGCCCUCAAACACAUCAAGGACACAGGAAAGCUGUUUGUCAGACAUAACAGCAGGCAGCUGAGCCGGAUCUACCCCUCCGGGCAGCGCCUCCAAUCCUCCAACUACGACCCCCAGGAUAUGUGGAACGGCGGCUGCUCGAUGGUGGCUCUGAAUUUCCAGACUCCAGGGGAGCAGAUGGAUCUGAACCAGGGCCGUUUCCUGCCUAACGGCCGCUGUGGAUACAUCCUCAAGCCCAGCUUCCUGUGCAGCCCCACCUCCAACUUCAACCCAGAGAUCACUGGUGGCGGGCCAGGACACAUCCCCACACAACUCACCAUACGGAUAAUAUCAGCACAGCAGCUCCCUAAGAUCAACACAGACAAGCCCAACUCCAUUGUGGACCCACAGGUGUUGGUGGAAAUUCACGGGGUGGCCAUUGAUAAAUCCCGAGACAAAACCCACCGAAUCGACAACAAUGGUUUUAACCCACGCUGGGACAGCACUUUGAGCUUCCAGCUGCAGGUCCCUGAGCUGGCCCUGGUACGCUUUGUAGUGGAAGACCAUGACCACAAAGCCAAGAACGACUUUGUGGGCCAGUACACCUUGCCCUUCACCAGCCUCCGUACAGGUUACCGCCAUGUCCACUUGCUGAAGGCAGAUGGCUCCAGCCUCUCUCCUUCCACCCUUUUCAUCCAUGUCAAGGUGUCCCGUAAGGGGGUCCCCAUCAAGACUGUGUCUGAGCGCAUGCUCUUGGCUAAGAGCGAGGGCAAAGCAUGACCCCUAUCUACCUGAACUAGUGCCACACUUUUCUGAUAAGCCCCAUGCUUAUCUCAUCUUGGGGAGGGGGGGG